CACAUCUUGCAGCACAGUGUCUGGUAGCGUUGCAGAACAGGGCGUGUGGACUGAGCCUGUACGCGCGGCGAAUUCACUCUCACAACACCGCGAGCUUCAUACUUUUCCUGAACGGAUUAUUGUUCGGCUGGUCAUCCGGCGAGACGCCUUAUCGCGUUUUUGCGCUUAAUUCUCCUGUCCGACAGCCUGUCACACAGCAGUGGGCAGACAGCGACGAGCGCAGCGCGGUGUCCCCAUGGCUGCGCGGAAGGACGGCUCGGUGCAGGAGAAGUACCGGUUGGUGGUGGUCGGGGGAGGCGGCGUCGGCAAGUCGGCGCUAACCAUCCAGUUUAUCCAGUCGUACUUCGUCACCGACUAUGAUCCGACAAUCGAGGACUCGUACACCAAGCAGUGUGUGAUUGACGAGAGGCCCGCGCGCCUGGACAUAUUAGACACAGCUGGGCAGGAGGAGUUUGGGGCCAUGAGGGAGCAGUACAUGAGGACUGGAGAAGGGUUCCUCCUCGUAUUCUCUGUCACCGAUCGGGGAAGCUUUGAGGAGAUCUACAAAUUCCAAAGGCAGAUUCUGAGGGUGAAGGACCGGGACGAGUUUCCGAUGAUCCUCGUGGGUAAUAAAGCUGAUUUGGAGCUCCAGAGGCAGGUGUCUCAGGAGGAGGGGCAACAGCUUGCUCGGCAGCUGAAGGUCACAUACAUGGAGGCAUCAGCCAAGAUCCGCAUGAACGUAGAUCAGGCCUUUCACGAACUGGUCCGUGUCAUUAGGAAGUUCCAGGAGCAGGAGUGUCCGCCUUCACCAGAGCCCACGCGCAAGGAGAAGGACAAGAUUGGCUGCCACUGCGUGAUUGUCUGAUUGGCCUCUCACAGCUGCCUCUCACCCAGCUGCUAUCACCAGUCCCAACCCCUCCACCCUGCCUUCUGACAUCACAUCCUGUGUGGAUGAACCGCUGCCUUUCUACAUGCGCAUGUCUCCAGACAGAAAACAACAACAAAUCAAACCAGAGCAGUCUCUCUCCCCGACUUCUCAGGGGUCUCCUGGACCUCUGGGACUUCACUAAUAGAAGAACCAAUCGGAAAUAAAUAAGUAAAUAAAAACACCUGACUGAACUCACCAUUCUAACUGCAGUUAGUGUACUGACAUCAACAUGACCUUUUAAUCGCAAAAAGAAAGCGACGCUCAUGCUCCAACACUAAACAUCCGUUCCUGAAGGUGUGCUAAAAAAAAAUCUUUUUUUUUUGUAUUUUGAAGGAUUUUAGAUUUUGUUGCCUUAUAGUAACCUUUUUUGAGGUGAUAAAGUGGCUAAAAAAUUGGCUAAAAUUUUUCUUUUUUCUUGAUGAAGGCUUUUGGUCUCUUUUUAAUGUGACACAAUCCUCUGAAGUUAUACGUGUGGCGUGCCAUUUCUGUCCUUCAACUACUGUACAUCAAAUGAAACUUUGCGUGCGUGGAAAAUGCCUUUAUAAUGACAUAACUCAGUUGCCACAGACAGUGUGCCGUUCAUAAGAUUGACAUGCAUUAAAGCAACGUGUUUGAAUAUGUAAUGUACAUAGAUAGCCCUUAACCUUCUGUCAUCUGUUACGCCUCAUCAGCACUGAAACGAAUGUGUAAACUCAUGCCGAGUUUGGCCAGGUCAGUUUGAAACGCCAUGUUCUGUCAGUCUGUCAUGCUUCUGGUGAAAUUCCAGUUUGAAUUCUUUCAGUCCCAGAAAGACAUUUAAUGCAUUUGCUACAUGUUGUCGGGGGCUUGUUCCAUGUGUCUUUGCCUCUGUUGAGACAUCUACAGAGCGUCUCCUACUCAGGUUGCCCAGGACGCAGAAUUCUUUCUGUGUUCCUUUGAUGUUCCUGCAUCAACACCAGUGCACAACACACCUUGGCUUCUGAACCAGACACCUCCAGAAAGGCCACCACUAACCAGAACCCUGGCUGUGGAAAUGUCCCAGAGACGCCAUAUCUAAAAUAACAGCAUCAUUUUUCAGGCCUUACUUUCUCACUCAGUGUUACACUAAUAGCAGUCUGUUUUGUGUCUCUUAGAUUGGUGUUAGUUUGGAUAAUAUAGCUGUUUUUUUUGUUUGUUUGUUUGUUUGUUUUGUUUUUUUGAACUGCUUGGUUGAAACAGUUUGUGGAAACGUUUUUAUGGGGAACACAAAACUGCUGAUAUCACUGUCUAACCGUGUGUACAAACCACGUGUGCAAAACACACAACUGUGUGUCAUCCUUUUACUCACGCAGGUGAAACAUGGCAGUCUGUUUCCAUGAGGUGUGUGUGAGCUGUGCACUAGCAGUUGGUGUGUGAACCGUGUGCAUGGUCUGUCACUGAGAAGAUCACGAGACGCGUGUGACGUUCACACUGCCCCAGCUCUGUGUCUCACUGGACACUCAUCGUACAGGUGACCAUUUUCCUCCAGACAUCAUAUCCUAAGGGUUUGUCACUAUGGCGACAUGUCAUCUAUAUAUUUUUGUUUGUUUGGUUUGUUUUUGUUUUAUUUUAAUGUGGUUUGUUUCAUCUUUCUUUUUAUCUUCCAUGUGAGUAUUUCUGUAUGAGGAAUACAAAUAAACUUUUAGUUUUUGUGUUUUAUCAUCAUGUAUUAUAAGACAAAAGAUGGAGUGAUCCUUUGAACGGACAUGAUUAAAUGUUUUUACUAUAUGCUUUUAUACAUUAUUUUCUUAUCUGACUAGUUAACGAGUAUUUUUCUAUGUUUGUAAGUGAAAUUGCCCUCAGCACCACUGUGUAUAUGUAUAGAGGAGUGUUUCAUUCUCUCAGUUUGGAUUUAACUGAAAACUAGAGCAGACUGAAGGCCAGCCUUUGUUGAACUGUGGUCAGGAAGCGUCAUCCUACUGUCCCUUUACUCCACUGUCCACUUGUGCCACCCAGAGAGUGUUAGACGCACCUGAUCCGCCCACGGUGUCAAGUUGUCCUUUUACACUGAACUUAGACCAAUUCUCCUCAUUCGAGUCACAUUCUAAACUGUUACCCGAGGAACCACAGAACUGACCUCAGAUCAGAAGAAAGGGGCAGCUGUCGCCAGUGCACAUCGGUGGCAGUGCUGUGUUGUCUUGGGGCUGAUGAGAGUACGAGCUCAGUGACGAAGGGCGGAACCAGCGUAGGACCCGACACGUUUUUAUCCAGCAGAGUUUGUGUACAUCUAAUCCAUAUGGUGUUUUUCUGCUUGCAUCUGUUCCCAGCCCUUGUAUAGCUUCUGGUGCUAUAAUAAAAUCGAUUAAACCAC